UACUUUCUAAUCUGUGCUCGUGUGCGGCAAGCGAAUCAUCAAGAACGUGUUUUCAAGCAUUUUCGUGAAAUUCUAGGAUUGUAAAUUAAAAAUGCCAAAGUACUAUUGUGAUUAUUGUGACACAUAUCUAACGCACGAUUCACCUAGCGUUAGAAAAACUCAUUGUACAGGAAGAAAACAUAAAGAUAACGUGAAGUUUUACUAUCAAAAGUGGAUGGAGGAGCAAGCACAACAUCUCAUCGACGCUACCACAGCAGCGUUCAAAGCGGGCAAAAUUGCUCAAAACCCGUUUGGAACUAAUGGAGCAGCUAUACCUCCACCUUGGGAUCCUUCUGUGAUGGGUCCUGGUGGUCCCAAGCCGCCUGUUCCUGCGCCGGGAGGCCCACCGGGCAUGUUACCACCGCCUGCUAUGGGCCCAGGAGGACCGAUGGCUCCGCCGAUGAUGAUGGGGCCUCAUGGACCUAUGCCGCCAAUGAUGGGAAUGAGACCAAUGAUGGGACCUAUGAUGGGGCCGAUGGGCCCCAUGGGACCUAUGGGUCAGAUGAGACCACCUCUAAUGAAUGGACCUCCUAUGAACAAAUAGUGAAAGUGUGUGAAAUUGUGUUAAAAAAAUACCAUGUC